GAGAAGUUUGAACCACAGUGGGAAAAUUGAGGUGCAGAUAAGCCCCAAGAUUCCGAUGAUUUGACCCCUCCGUCCCCACUCGGCGGAGACGACAACAGCUGUGAGUAUCAGAAGCCACAGACCCGCCCAGAGGGUUUGUCUUCUUUAAUUCGAUAAAGAAGAGAAAAAAAGAGAGGAAAAGAAUGGCUGUUUGUGUCAUGGCUUCUCGCGGCUUCUCUCCUUGGCUUCUUCUCCCCCACCAUCUGGAGCAGGGCACUGCCAGGCUGCUGUAUAAGGAGCACUUGCCUUUCAUCCCCAGAGAUGGAACAAACCUAGAGAUGCUCAAGUCAAGUUCAGCUAACCUAAAGUUGCAGCAAAAAGAGGACAUUUGGAAACCCAUGAGCGCGUUAUUGAAUGCUAAAAAAGUAAUGCAGAUGAAUGCACACACCUCGAGGCCUCUUCUAGUUGAUGCUCAAGAUGAAUCUCAUUCCGGCUCGGUGAUCUUCAGCUUUUGCGUGAAUGAACAGUGCAUAAACUACGAACAGAUUUGUAGAUACAUCGUAUCUGGUUCAACUGAAAUAUUGGACCCACAAGCAAUUGCUAUUGGUAUGCCUCAAUGGCAAACUGCUUCUUGUCUUGCUAAGCCUCAGUCAGCUUUUAUAUACCCAAGCAGUUCAUCCUCCCUUCAUAUUCCACCUUCAGAUGUUGUGGGGGUCUUUGACCAAAGAAUUAAUCCUCUUUCUUUUGGUCAACUAUCUCGGAGUGAUAUGAAUCAUAUACUUUCUACUAUGUCUGAGCAUUACCAGUUUAAGAAUUGGAAUGCAGCCAACAGUCGAAAGCAGCCGAUGCUGGUUCCCUAUUUUGACAGGAGGAUGACCAGGGGAGCAAAGGUUAAAUCUUCAGCUCAAGAACCUGAAUCUGUGAAAUCUGUUGCAUCUCUAACAAGUCCCGACAGAUCAAAGGACAAAAAGUCUCUGAAAACGAAGAGGAACAAGAAACAACAAGUGAAAGAAAGAGAUCUUUACAGAAACAACACUCUCCAUGCGUUUGAAACCCUUCUUUCCAUAAUGGUGGACAAGCAGCGGCGUGGGACAAUGGUCAUCACUUCACUUAUGACCCUCAAGAAAUCUGGCAAUGAUCUUCCCCGCCUUCUGACCCGCUUAUCUGCUGCCAUUGCCGGUACUGCCCUCGCCGUAUUUCUGUCUAGCGUGUGCAAAGUAGCAGCCGGAAGAGGGGUUGCCAUGUCAGCAUCAUCCGCAUUCUUCAACACCGGGUUAGGCAUGGGUCUUGUUUGGUUAUCUUGGGGCGUGAACCGUUUAAGGGAUACUGUGAUCUCAAUCACCAAAAGCUCAAGCAAAUUGGGUAUGAGAGAAGGGGAGGUGUUGGGCAAACUGGACAAAGAUGUAAAACAAAUUUACUUGAGAGCUGUUGCAUUAAUGGCUGUUGUAGUGCUGAGGUUUGUUUGAUACCAUAUAUUGAGUUGUGGAUGAAAAGAACUGUGUAGCAAGUUAUAUUAGCCAAUUGGCUUUUUGAACAUUUGUUUUGUUGUAAAUCAACACCCAUUUCGUGUAAGUACUAGGUUUUUUUAUUUACUUUUGGAGGAAAAAAAUUCCAAAAGUAGAAACUUGGGAAAAAUAAAAAUAAUGUAAUAUUACAAUGGAAUGAAUAUAUUUAUACGAA